GUGAGAGUAAAAAUCAUCUAUAAUUUUAUUAAAAAGCUUGGAAACAUUAUAUACUCGACUAUGUUACUAGAAUAAUAUUCAGGCAUUGUGUCAAAUCAAGAGAAUACUUCAAAAAGAAGGAAGAAAUUUUGUUAUAAUUAUUGUUGUUUUCAUUCUAAUGUUGAAUUAAAACGUUGAGUUAAAGUAUACAGGAAAACAAUAAAAUUAACAUCAACAUACACAAUGUCCAUAUUUACGAGGCGAAUACUUUCAUGUAUAGUUUCAAGAGAAUGGCAAUGUUUGCGACCUGUUGUCUGUAACACACAUCUUCGACAAUGUCAACUGUCAACUCAGUCUCAACCGAGCUUAGAAUCUGAUCUGUCCAACAUCCCUGAAAGUUCAGAAGUCAUGUUGGAUCCACUAACACACCCAGACUUCUUCCAAGUGCACAAACUAUUUACUGUAAAGGAUCUAUAUGAUGCGAGAGUGCAUUAUGGCCACAAGGAAAUUUCCCUUAAUGAACACAUGGAGACGUUCAUAUUCGGCUCCAGAUUGGGACAUUUAAUAAUCGAUUUAGAUCAAACCGCUGAGUUGUUGAGACAAGCGUUGAAUUUCACUGCUCAUAUCGCCUUCCGGGGCGGCAUAAUUCUGUUUAUCUCGCGCAAUCCCCAAGUCACGCAUUUAGUGGACAAAACAGCCAAGGAAUGUAAAGAGUUUUCACAGACGAGAUUUUGGCGACAAGGAUUAUUCCCGAAUUCGAGGAAUCAGUUCAAGGCGAUGACGCGGUUGCCGGAUCUGUGCAUCUUUCUCAGUACUCUGGACACAGUCAUGACUGAGCACACAGCAGUGAGACACACGGCUAAGAUGUGCAUACCCAGUGUUGGCAUAGUCGAUACGAAUUGCAAUCCGAAUCUUAUAACAUAUCCAGUGCCCGGAAAUGACGAUUCUCUGUGCGCUAUUCAACUUUAUUGCUCGUUAUUCAAAGAAGCUAUCAUGAGAGGGAAACGGGCGAGAGAACAGAUGAUACAAAGUGCAAAAUCGACAUAAAUCUGAAAUAAAUGGUAAAACAAAUAUAUGUAGAUGUACAUGUAAAAAAAUAUAACAAAGUAUCAAAGUA